GAUAUUUUAUGACAAAUCGCAUAAUAAAUCUAUAUAAAAAUUUCAUCUUUAUUGAGUACAAUAAUAUGCGUCUUUUUUUGAUCAUCGCAUUAUGUGCCGAUUUCACAGCGAAAUUCGUGGUCGCCGAUGGAGAAUUCGAAGUUAAAAGAGGCGUAUUCCCUUUUAUGGCUUUCGUUUAUUACCCGGACAAAACAGUUGUAGAUAGCACUGGCAUAAGACUUACGAGAGGUGCAGUGCUACUACGGCCCGACUGGCUAAUUACUUCUUCUCUAGAAGAUGGACAAACGUCGCUUGCAUUCCCAAAAGAGACAUUGGUAGCAAGACUCGGAGCUAUCAGAAUAGAUUCUAAAUUCACUCUAUUUGAGGAUGAGGAUGAACAAGAACGUGAGAUAAUUCAAAUUGCACGUCCGCAAAACUACAGUGCAAUGGAAUGGUGGUUCGCUGAUAUAUCGUUGUUGAAAACUCUGCUUCCUUUUAACAUAACAACGGCCGUGGCUCCAGCAACUAUCGACACUAAACCCAGGGACGCGGACAGGAAUUGCCUAAUACUAGUCUACGCUGCGCCCAAUGGGAACGCAAGCGACGAUAGGAUGUUGAUGCAACUUUCAGUAGAAAUAUUAGGCUCGUCACCGGAGAACUGCGGCAGCAAUUUCAUGAGGAGUAUGAUAUGUGGAACCAAUACUGAUGACACGAGAAAAUAUCCAGGUUUCUGUGAGGGUAAUAGUGGAGGUCCUCUUGUAUGUGAAAAUGACGUGAUUGCUAUACAAACGUACAUUAAUGAUUGUAAGCCACCUCAUAGAUAUCAAGUUUUGGGCGCUUGGGAAAAUUUAAUAACAUGCGCUUUAGAAGACAAAUGCAAAGAGGAGCAAUGUGCUCGAAUUUGCAGCAUCAUACACAAAGAUUCAGAUGACGUUCUCAUUCCGGAGAAAACGUUAUCAGAUGAGGCAAAAAUACAUUCUGAUGAGGAAAAUAUCUCUACCACUGACGUGCAAGAAGUAACAAGUACCUCUGUGGAAGGGAGAAGACUGAAUCAAGAAUAUUCGCACUUUUUAUCCUUUAACUCCGGCAUGGUUCAAACUGAUGCUGCUACAGCGAAUUCCACGGAAGCACACAAUACUAAGGAGGCAGUUAUCAGCAGUGAAGUUGAUACUACAGAGAAGUCAACGUCCACUGCGAAUGACCAUACUGAUGAAGAGCAGGAUACAAGUACGAAGUCACCCAACGUGGCCGUCCCCAUGAGUCCAGAAACAGAAAACAUGCCCGUCUAUAAAACCAUGGAAUCAGAUAGCAGCGUGCCAGAAAACCUCAUAGAAAAUUCACAACAGGGGGAGCCACCGCAACGGCCACACAAAGUGAGAAACGAAGCCUCGGUUAACAUCAAUUCAUUCUAUUUCAUGUCUUUAAUAUUGGCUGUGAUUAAUUUUACAUAGAAUUGUAUUGUGACCGGCAUUUGUUUUUGUUUCUUUGAAUGUUGAAAUAAAGUUUUCGUUUAAAAUAA